UUCACAGUUCGCUGUCAGUUUGUUCUGCACAUCAGUGAGAGCAGUAAUAGCUCUCAUCCUGCAGCCUCAGACUGUUUGAGAGACCUGGAUGGACCCUCCAGCCGGUCUGAUGAUUCCACAAGUGGUCUAGUGCAGGUUUUCAUGUGGUUGAAGCCCAGUAUCUCCUCAUCAUGAAUGUAACCCUUGACUGCACAGCACAGAUGCCGUAUGGAUACCUACCUCGUCUAAAAGGGUUUUACAUUGCCACAGAGCUCUUCAUUGCUGUGGUGGCCAUCGUUGGAAACUUUCUAGUUUGCUUGGCUGUCACCCGGAACAAGAAGCUUCGCACCAUCACCAACUAUUUCCUAGUGUCGCUGGCUGUGGCGGACAUCCUCGUGGGCUUGGUGGCCAUCCCCUGUGCUGUACUGACAAACCUGGGUCAGCCUUACCAUGACCUGUCUCUCUGCCUGGUGCUGCUCAGCAUCCUGAUGGUUCUCACACAGAGCUCCAUCCUGAGUCUACUGGCUGUUGCAGCAGAGCGUUACAUGGCCAUCCUUCUUCCCUUCCAGUACCAGCGCAUCAUGAGCCACAGGAACGCCCAGCUGGCCCUGCUGCUUACCUGGAGCCUGGCCACCGUCUGUGGAUGUGUGCCACUCAUGGACUGGCAUCGACAACCAGAAGGCACAGAUUACUGUAUCUUCACAUGCAUGGUGGACAUGAACUACAUGGUCUACUUCAACUUCUUCUGCUGCCUGUUGGUGCCGCUGAUCGCCAUGUUCAUCAUCUACGGCCGCAUCUUCCUCACGGUGCGCCACCAGCUCAGACGCAUCGCCAUGGUCAGAGGGGCUCCGGAAGUCACAUCACGAGCUGCGGGUAGUGGUGGGACUUCUGGAAGUGGGGUGGAGGACACAGGGAGUCCGGUGGCCGAGGGGGGCAGAGGGGCUGGGACACAAACCAGGGACAUCCAGGCGAAAUUCAGGUCUGAUGGAGAGUCAGGAAUUGGGUCACUCAUUGAAACUGAAGCAACCACUGUGUUCAGUAAGUCUGGACUCAGGAUCAGCUCGGCCGAAUUUAGUCCAGAGGGGACCAGCAAGACCAAAUGCACUGUGCGCAACCGUCAGGAGAUGCGUAAAGCCACCUCGCUCUUCUUACUACUGUUUCUGUUUACCAUGUGCUGGAUGCCCAUCCACAUCAUCAACAGCAUACUGUUUUUCUGCCCACAAUGCAACGUGCCCAUGUCGCUCACACUCGGAGCCAUCUUACUCUCCCACGCCAACUCAGCCCUCAACCCGAUCCUUUACGCAUACAGGAUGGGCUCCUUCAGACGCACCCUGGUGGGGAUGUGGAGAGGAAUGUGCGGACCUGUGCAAAAAACACAGCGACAGCAGCGAGCACAGUGACAGAGCUGUGGGUCAUUUUACUGUCAGUGACAACAAACAAGGACUAGUAUUUUAGGAAGACUCAGGUUUUUUUUAAGGUUCAGUGUGAAAGUUACAGUGGCAUCUAGUGGUGACGAUACAAAUUACAACUACCUUCAUACCACCCUCCCCCACGGAGGCUGCAAAAACCAGGAAGAUACAGUAGGUCCACUGUGGACACUUCCUCUUCUUCAUCAUCCUUGUCGUCCUCGUCUUCUUCUUCAUUGUUGUUGUUUUCUUCUUUAUCAUCAUCACCAUCU